AUGAUUUCACUGAUAGAGAGCAAGAAAGGAAAGUACAAGUCAGCCAAAGAUGCAGAUCAUAUGCCUGCCAUGGAUGAGAGGGAUAACAUGAGGAAAGAGAUAGCCAAUGAGUCAGAAGCAGUGAAGAAAAUAAUCUUGCAUCUCAAGAAGGCCCUUCAGGUAACAGAUGCUGAAAAGGAACUGGAGAUGGGUUCAUGGUGGGAUCAUGGAUCACAUGCCCUGAGGGGGAGUGGUCAGAUGGGAACAUUGACAUGCAAUAAACCUAGAAGGGUUGAAGAAAUAUGGUCUCAGGGUGUCCCAGGCAAUGUGGACAGGGGCUUUGGUUCUGGAAUGAUGUUAGUUGGUGUUUGUCAGUGUUUGUUGGUGUUCAUCCUGCUGUAUGGACCUGUGGAUGUCCAAAUAAGGUCGAUUGAGGUGGUCCUAGGGGGGAUGAACACCACUUCAAGCGAUCCAGCAUGCCCUGAGGGGGAGUGGUCAGACAGGAACAUUGACCCUAGGAGAGUCAGGGAAAGAUGGGGCUUCAGUUCUGGAACAGUGUUUGGGGGACAAACACCACUUCAAGCAGCCCAGCAUGCUCUGAGGGGGAGUGGUCAGAUGGGAACAUGGGGUGUCCCAGUCAAUGUGGACAGGGGCAUUGGUUCUGGAGCAAUGACAUGGUACUACAAGACAAAUGCAAGUGGGCCUGUAUGGAUGAACACCAUUCCAAGUGGGCCAGCAUGCUCUGAGGCAGGGUGGCCCAGUGGGCAUACUGGUAUACUAUCUGAUACAUACAAGAAUCUGGGAAUGAUGAUCAAUGUGCUUGAACCAGGUCCCAGGGUCUCCCAGCAUUCAGACAUGGUCUGGAUAGGGGCUUUGUUCCCCAUAUUGUAUGGACCUGUACCUAUCUACCUGAGUGCAGGGGAAGAGGUUUCCAUGUCGAUCAACCUGCCAGAGGCUGCAAAUGAUGUUCCAUCUGCUCCAAAAUGA